AUGCCCAUCAACGUCCGGGCCCUUGGCCUGCCGUCGAAACGCCUCGUGGCUUCCUACGUCCUCGACUGGAUCGUCAUCAUCGGCAUCGCAGCUGUCGGUGCUGGCUGGAACGACAUCACGCCUUACCACCGUCCUUUUUCCCUGCUCGAUCUCUCCAUUUCCUUUCCGCACACUGACCCGGAAACCAUCCCGACGUGGCUGCUGGUCGUCGUUGCCCUGGUUAUUCCUGCAGCAGCCAUCUUUGUCGUCGCCUUGGUUCUCGUACCGGGACCAACCGCGAACCCCUCGACUCCGAAGACGCUGAUAUGGCGCCGCAAGUUCUGGGAGUGGAACACCGGCUGGAUGGGGCUUGGACUCAGCCUCGCAACCGCCUUCAUGCUUACCCAGGGCUCGAAGCUCCUUUUUGGCAAGCCGCGCCCUGAUUUGCUUGACCGCUGCCAGCCCGACCUUUCCCGGCUCCAACGUGCCGUGGUCGGCGGCUAUGGCCAGGACAUCUCGCCCCGCUGGGUGCUUGUCAGUUCCGACAUCUGCUCGCAGACUGACAUGGACAUCCUCAACGAUGGCUUCAAGAGUUUUCCGAGCGGCCAUGCCUCCUUCGCCUGGUCCGGUCUCCUCUACCUCUUCCUCUUCCUCUGUUCCAAGUUCGCCAUAGCCAUCCCCUUCCUCCCGCCGCGCCCCUACUCCUCCGACCCCAACCACACCGCCCUUGAGCGCGAGCAACGUCUCUCCUUCCCCCUGUCACUCCACCGCCGUAACAGCAACAAGCCCUCCCAAACCGGCACUGGCAGCACGCUCGACACCAACACCGAAGGCGGUCUCGUCGUCCCCAUCCGCAACCAAGCCGCGGCGCCGCCGACCUGGGUGCUCGUACUGGCGCUAGUUCCGCUGGGCGCCGCCAUCUACAUCACCGCCUCGCGCUUCUUCGACUUCCGCCACCACGGCUUCGACCUCAUCGUCGGCUCCACCAUUGGUAUCGUCUGCGCCUGGUUCUCCUUCCGUUGGUACCACCUGCCCAUCCGUCAGGGCGCCGGCUGGGCUUGGGGCGCCCGCUCCAGGGAUCGCGCCUUCUUCAUCGGCCUGGGCAUGGGCAGCUACGUUGGAACCGAGGGCUGGGGCAGCGCGAAAGACGAUGACAAGCGGGACGAUGGACCCGCCCUGGAUUUGGAACAGGGUGGUGGUGGCAGUGGCGGUGCUGCGGACAUGACGAGGGUGAAUGGGCCAGGAUUGGAUGGACAGAGGGAUAGUGGGGUAUCGGAUGCGUAA